GGAGCCGCGGAGGAAGCCGGCGGAGACCCAGGUACGCGCCCGCCGCCGGUCCCGGGCCCCCGCGCCGCCGCAGGUGCAUCCGCCCUUUGUUCUGCGCAAGGGCCCAGAACAAUCCAACCCCCUGUGCAGCCCGCCUUGGCCGAGUGAGGUCUGUGAUAAAGGAGCCGCCUCCGGAAUCGGCAUCCCCCAGGGCCUGCGCCACCUGCCUGGCCCCGGCUGUGGGCUCCGUCUGCCCUGCCUUCUUGUUUGGUCUUCUCAGCCACCCUGAGUGUUGAACCCUGCCCUUUCCCUGGUUCCUGUCGGGGUCUACCCAAUUUUAGCAUCACAGGUGCACAGGUUCUGGGUUACGCACACCCCCUUCUCCCAGCGCACCCGUCUCAGCCUUCCGCUAACCUCUGGCCAACAUGGUCCAACCCCAGACAUCAAAAGCCGAAAGCCCGGCCUCUGCAGCGUCUACCAGUGCCCAAAUGGAUGACGUCAUCGACACCCUGACCUCCCUGCGCCUGACCAACUCCGCGCUGAGGCGGGAGGCCUCUACCCUGCGGGCGGAGAAGGCCAAUCUCACCAACAUGCUGGAGAGCGUGAUGGCAGAGCUGACCUUGCUACGCACCAGGGCCCGGAUUCCGGGGGCGCUGCAGAUCACCCCGCCCAUCUCAGCAAUUACCUCCAAUGGGACCCGACCAAUGACCACGCCUCCAACCUCUCUGCCCGAGCCCUUUUCUGGAGACCCCGGGCAGCUGGCAGGGUUCUUGAUGCAAAUGGACAGGUUCAUGAUCUUCCAGGCCUCCCGCUUCCCAGGUGAGGCCGAAAGAGUGGCGUUCCUUGUGUCCCGGCUGACUGGGGAGGCAGAGAAGUGGGCCAUCCCCCACAUGCAACCUGACAGCCCCCUGCGCAACAACUAUCAGGGGUUCCUGGCAGAGUUGCGGAGAACCUACAAGUCUCCACUCCGGCAUGCACGGCGCGCCCAAAUCAGGAAGACUUCCGCCUCCAAUCGAGCCGUGCGGGAGCGCCAGAUGCUCUGCCGCCAGCUGGCUGCCACGGGCACAGGGCCUUGCCCCGUGCAUCCAGCCUCCAAUGGGACUAGUCCAGCCCCGGCUCUGCCCACCCGAGCACGGAACCUUUAAGAAUCGGCCACCACCCAGGUCGCAUCUGCAGCCACGCAGACAGCAUACGCCCUUUGCUACGUAGAAGAAACGUCCAUAGGACAACAGCAUCGUCCUUGUUUGAAGACAUUCCUCCCUGCCCCUCCAGACCUGUUCCAUAAGAUCUUCCUUCAUCACUCGUGGGCGCCCUGUUACCCACCUUGCUUCCUAGUGAUCUGUGCUAGCUUUGUACCCGCAGUGCAUGCUUCCCCUCGCUUGCUUGCAGCCCCAGCUCUCCUGGUGACCACAGCUCUGCCGCUUGGUCGCAGUGACCCCACAGCCCACUGCGGAUCCUUUGGGCUGAUCUCUCCCAGCCCGACUAGGUUCACGGAUGUUUCUACACCACCCUGUGCAGGCCCCCAGGGCAGCUCCCCACUGAUGAUGGAGGGGAGCCACUUCGGCCAGGCUGGUGCCGUGUUCUGGGUACCUGGGGGAGGGGAGUCUGGCUUCACACCCGUAGGUGAUCACCAGCCAUGCCAGGCCCCGGGAUGGCAGGCGGGGGCCUCGACCCUCCUGCGGUGGCCAGGUGUUCACUGCUGGGAGUGCGAUGCCAGCAUUUCUGGUGGGCAGGCUUCGCUCUGCGCAUGAACACGUGGUCAGUAGGUCCCAUUGUCGCCACAGGGAAAGCGCGCUAACGCAGCUAAGGGGAGAAGCACCUGCCGGAAUGCUUGGCUUCAGUUGCCAGUGUUCUCUCGCCGGGCAUUCUGGGAAUCUGGAACUUUCCUGCCGCAGGACGUCAUUGUGACUUUGGAUUGCGGAGCCGCCGCAGGCAGCCCGUUCCCGUACAUCCCUGCGUGAGCCCCACAGCGGGCUGGGGGGGGGGUGCCAGCGGGAACCACCGCCAGUUAGUGUGUAGUCGCCCCCUCCUCUUUGCCCCCCAUCACUUGGCGGUAGGCCUGUCUAGCUCGAGACCUGUUCCCAUCUUCAUUCAGAUGACAUGCGGCCUUCACCUCGGCCACCCACACCACCUCUAGGUCUCCAAAGCCACAGACAGCAUGUCCUCCCCAUGCCUGGGCUGUCUCAUCGGGUAGACAGUCUAGCCUUUGACUCAGAAAACAGGGACUCCUAGCUGGAGACCCCGAUCCUCUGGGAUGCAUCAUUAAGCACUUAAGGAAGGAGUAUUUGCCUCUGACGGCCCCAUCAGGGCCUUUGUGGCAUUUGUAAAGGGAAAGAGCUACAGUUUACCUUGGUCCUAAUGUGGGGACAGGACAAAACUGGCACUUGGGUCCGAAUUCCGAGGGACAGAAUUCCACCUGUAACGGUGGAUGGCCUUUUGGUUCCUCCCAGGGGACGCCCAGAAAUCACUUUCUAAAUGAGACUUGGCCAAGCCCUUUGGACCAUGAUGCUCUCGCCAUAUUUAAUGCCAAAUGAACCGCAUUUACAUGACCGCCUGGACCAUGGGGAAGAGGAGGUGUCUUACCCUGGGUCCACCUGCCCCCAAGUGGUCCUGGCUUGACUGCAGAAGGAUGGCCUCUGCACCCAUCUGAAGACCAGUGUCUUGGGACACCCAGAGGUUGGGUCCUAGGGUCCAUCCUUUCUUCUGAAGAGUUUUGAUGAUGCUGGGGAAGGUGACUGCGUUCUUGAAGCGGCCACUACAAGGUCGAGGAUAUUUAGUGGCUGCUGGGGUUCGUGGAUCACUGGCACCCACUCAUUGUAAACUCUGUUAGCCCAACUGCCCUGCUGAAAACUGCCUGAAUACAGGCUUCAGGCCCCCCUGGAUUCCAGCCAAGGCUGUGCAGGUGGGACCAUGGUGCUCAUUAAGCAUGAAUGGGAGGGGGGAGGACACACAGUGGGGCCACCAUUCUGGGGGGGUGGGAGCUCUAGUGGGGGUUGUACAGAUCACUUUCUCUUCGUGCUCAGUGCUCUGCUAUCUGCCUGCUAGGCGGAGGGGUGCAGGCACCCGGGGGACAGGAGGCCUGCUGGGGUAGGAGGCACCCUGAAGGUUUCCAUGUGGCCCAGCCCGGCGAGGGUGGGAGACCCAGCUUGGAAGCAGGGCGGGAGCUGUGCCGUCUCGCCGACCCCUGGGCCUACCCCUGUGGGACGUAGGAGUCCUGCUAUGCUUGCGUUGCGCGCAGCCUUGGAGCCGCGCAGCCAUGCGCAACAGGCCUGAGCCGCGGAGGCCAGGCUGCCCCGUGACCCGUCCCUCGGCCAUGGGGUGGGUGGCGCCCCGUCCAGGCUGCCGCUCCAGCUCCCUUUGGUUGGGUGAGUUUUGUUUCAACCGCUGGUGCUUCUGUUCGUGGGCUUGGGCCUCGUGCUGUGGCACACGGGCGUCCUGGAGCGCUGCCGGCAGCUUUGGAAGUGAGUGCACGAGAGGCUUGGGGUUGCCCCGCAUCGGACUCGGAAGAGGCCCCACAUUGGGAGUCUCCCUGGGAGAGGUUGGGACCCAUGGUCCAUGCAGCCCAGAGCCAGACCGCGUGACGGGGGAGGGUCACGCUGAAGAAGGAAGUGGGGGAGGGGAGCGGCUUUGUGCAGACUCCAGGGUUGGAAUUUCUCUGAAUUUAAGAGAACAAGUAUUGAUUUAUAACAGGGACAGGCAGUUAGUAGUGUUAAACAGUGCAUGUGAGCAAAAGUUUUAUGUUUUUCAUGGUGUUGACAUUAUUUGAACUAUAUUGUGGUUUUUCUGGUCUACCUGAUACCCCAUCUGGUAAGUAAACCUCAUGGCAUAACAGGGCAUCAUUUGAGAUGGAAUUUAGGAGAAGGGGUGACUUCCUGGCCAAAUGUAUAGUGUGACCUUGGGAUUAACUUAAUGUCCUAAAGCAUUUUGGUGACUUAUAGGAAAAAGCAAAGACCUGGUUCGUGGGUUCCAGGUAAGUAUAUGAUGAGUAAGUAAUGACAGGGGUGCAAAAACCCCCGAGAAGGUGCUGAUAGGACUUUUCCUGGUGUGUGGGUCCCUGCUGUCCAGCGUGGCAGACCACUUGCUGCGUGACCGCGGUCCUGGCAGUUCGGCCUGUAGGAGAGAGAAAUGGGAGGGACAGUUGGGCACGUCCUUAGGCUACCUUAAGGGGGGCAAGCCUUACAGUUGUGUAAAAGGACACCCCCAUGGGCCACCGCCAGCAGUGGGGUUCAGGUGGGAGGAGGAGUAGGAGAUCCUUGUAGAAAAACUAAGAUCCCCAGUGCCUGGGAGGCGUUAGACGGGGGGCUUAGCGCUGAGGUCAAGACCGGAAUCUGCCGCAGGAAGCGCGGAGCACCUUGUUGGGCCAACAGCCGUGGCUUCCCAGUGUCGGGAGAAGACUACGUGGAGGACAGGUCCGCUGUGUCGUCUCUCGGGGUCCUAACAUGCGAUGUGGCGGUUGGCGCGGAGCAGACGCAGUGCAGGGGAUGGUAGGGACCCUCGCUCCUCACUGCGACGUCACUGACUCCGUGAGCAAGUAGCAACAUACUAGGUCUCUUCGUUCUCAGAGCAAACCUGCACCUUAGAGCAAUUUCGGAAAAUAAGGUAGGAAGUGAGAGGAGAGAAGUUGGAACAUUUUGGUGGUUCUCCUGCCAGCCCCCUCCCUUCUGCCCCCGUCUCUCAUGGUUUUUCUUCUUUUUGUUGCAGCAUAGUGGUGAUAACUGCCUUCCGUACUGAUACGAUAGUGUGUGGGUGUUUUCACUUCUAUCAGGGGACUAACCCGUGACACGUUAUUACUGAUUUUAGUUUGAACCGGCUGUGUCCCCCAUCACGUAGACGGACAGUAGUGCCCAUGGUUGAUCGCCCAUUCUGUUACUAAUUUCUCACCACUGGAGAUGGAAGAAUUUCCUUGUGCAUAACGCUUUUCCCCAAUGUCAAGUUAUUUCCUUAGGAUAGAUUCUCAGAGGUGGGGUUAUGGAAUUAAUAUGAAAACCUUUGAGCCCCUUAUUACGUAUCGACAGAAUGGUUUCCAGCAACGUUUGUCCCCAUUGACACUGCUGCCAGCGAGGACGUACGUGCCCGUUCCACUGUCUCGCCAGCUCUGAGUAUUAUCCUCUGGCUAAAUACUUGCUGAUCUGAUAAUGAAACCUAGCCUUGCGUCUCAGUUUGCAUUUCUUUGCUUUCUAGCAAAGUCAGACAUCUUUCCAUGUUAAGCAGUUGUAUUUCCUCUUUUGUGGAUCGUCAGUGUCCCUUGCCCUUAUCUACUGGGGUCUGAUAAAUUUGUAUGAGCUCGUUAUAUAUUAAAGAUAUUAACCUGUCGUGUGUCAUA